AUGAAGUUGUUAGCGUUUACUCUAGUCAGUUUAUUGAGUAUUUACUCAAUUAAUUGUGAAGUGUUCUUCGAGGAGAAGUUCCCCGAUGACUCCUGGGAGAGCGAGUGGGUGUACAGCGAGCACCCCGGCAAGGAGUUCGGCAAGUUCAAGCUGACUGCUGGAAAGUUCUACAACGACGCUGAGGCCGACAAAGGUCUGCAAACCUCCGAGGAUGCCCGUUUCUACGCUCUCUCGAAGAAGUUCAAGCCUUUCUCCAACGAAGGCAAGAACCUCAUCGUCCAGUUCACGGUGAAGCACGAGCAGGACAUUGACUGCGGAGGCGGGUACCUGAAGGUGUUCGACUGCAAGCUCGACCAGAAAGACAUGCACGGGGAGACUCCGUACGAGAUCAUGUUCGGACCUGACAUCUGCGGACCCGGCACCAAGAAGGUGCACGUGAUCUUCAGCUACAAGGGCAAGAACCACCUCAUCAAGAAGGACAUCCGCUGCAAGGACGAUGUCUACACCCAUCUCUACACGCUGGUCGUGAAGCCCGACAACACGUACGAAGUGCUGAUCGACAAUGAGAAGGUGGAGUCUGGAGAACUGGAGGCCGACUGGGACUUCCUGCCGCCUAAGAAGAUCAAGGACCCCGAAGCCAAAAAACCCUCAGACUGGGACGACCGCGCGACCAUCCCCGACCCCACGGACGAGAAGCCCGCGGACUGGGACAAGCCGGAGCACAUCCCCGACCCGGACGCGGCCAAGCCCGACGACUGGGACGACGAGAUGGACGGCGAGUGGGAGCCGCCCAUGAUCGACAACCCUGAUUACAAGGGACCCUGGGCGCCUAAGCAGAUCGACAACCCAGCCUACAAGGGCCCGUGGGUGCACCCCGAGAUCGACAACCCGGAGUACACCCCCGACGCGUCUCUCUACAAGCGGCAGGAGGUCUGCGCCGUGGGUCUGGACCUGUGGCAGGUCAAGUCCGGCACCAUCUUCGACAACUUCCUGAUUACGGAUGACUUGGAGGCGGCCAAGGCUGUCGGCGAGGAGGUCAAGAAGACCAUUGAGGGGGAGAAGAAAAUGAAGUCGCAACAGGACGAGGCUGAGCGGGAGAAGGAGAAGUCUGAGAAGCCUGAUGAGGAGGAGGACGACGAGGACCUCGACGACGUUGAGGGAGACGCCGCGCCCGUCGAUGAGCACGACGAACUCUAA